CCGAUCUCCAGUCGCAUACAUAUCGCAAAUCUACAAAAUGGGUAACGGAGCCAAGGCCAACCAGAAGCGCGAGCGCAACGCCGCCGACAAGGGCAAGGUUGCCAAGUCGCAGAUCAAGACCAAUGAGAAGGCUAUGAACAUUCAGUGCAAGGUCUGCUUGCAGACUUUCCUGCAGACUACUAAGGCCCCUGCUCUGCUUGAGCACGCUUCCAACAAGCACAAGAAGGGUCUUGCUGAUUGCUUCCCUGGUGUGAGCGCAUGAACUCGCUGCGUGUGAAAAGAAGGCAAGGUGGCUGGAUGGAUCCGCGCUAAAGCCAUGACUUUGCAUUCAAGCGGACAGUCAUAGAACAUGAAUUUACUGCUUACUGGCGCUUUUGAUUCCCAC